AUGCCUGCUGUGGAAUGUCGGAGCCCAGCGCAUCGGCCACAAGCCAGUGGCAGUCGACCCCUCAAUGCAGAUGGCAAGGAGAAAGGCUUGGCAUGGUUCACCUCACGGGCCGGACACCUCGUUCAGUGGCAGGACGUCUUGGCGGUUCUCCAAGACAUUCGCUGUGCGAGGCUGCAGGCAAGUACUGUCAGCUUCAAUGCCGUUGCCUGCGGGCUCAGCCGGGCAAAGCAGUGGCAGUCGGCUCAAGAGGUCCUGUCUGCGCUGCGGGCUCUGGGGCUUCAACCGCGCGCAGCAUCCCUGGGAGCUGCCGUGGGCUCUUGCCAAGCUGCUGGAGGACUUUGGCGGCAGGCCACCCGUCUACUGCACACUGCAAGGAAAGCCUGGUGCCUCCAGACACUCAGUGCCGCGAUUUGCUCAGCAGUUGCUGCACAUGGGCCCUCAAGCUGGCAAGCGGCUGAAGCUCUAAUCGGACAGCUCGUCCAAAGUGGCGGUAUCCUGAACAUCGCACACCUCAACUGCCAGCUAGACACUCUCAGUGGUGGGCUCUGGGCAAAUGCAUUGGACAAGGUCGGCAAGAUCGCCUCAAAGCCGGAUGUUAUUACUUUCAACACCAUGAUCCACGCGACAACGGCAGAUGUCUGGCAGCUCUCACUCAGCUUUCUGCAGAAUAUGAGGUGGGCCAGGUUAUCAUGCACUGUGAAAAGUUACGGUGCUUUGGCUGCCGGCCUGGAGUCCUGCUGGGUGUUGGCUGUCCUGUUGCUUCGGACCAUGCGCCGCAGCAGCGUGGAGAUGAACGCUAUCGUCAAAGGUUCCGUGGCAGGAGCCCUUGCGGAAUAUGGCGCCUGGCACCAUGCUUCUGCGCUUUGCGGCGAUGCUGUCCAGCUGCACCGAAGGAUGGUCACGGCUGCGGUGCACAGUUGGCAAGGAUCACUUCAGUGGCUUGAUCUCCUGGAGUGCCGGCGCGUGCGACAAGACUUCAGCAUGUGGGCCGCAACGACCACAUCAGCGAGCAGCUGGAACAAGUCCUUGUCGAUUUCAUUGGUCUCUGCGCAGCGUGGCAUGAGCUCCAACAUCGUGGCCAUAGGCACGCUGGCGAGGCCUCUCCAGGAUGCACAACACUGGCAGGAAGCCGGCCACCUGCUGCAGACCAGUAAGCGGCAUCACCUGGAGGCAAAUCUUGUCACGUUUGGCAUGCUGACCUCUGCCUGCAGCAGCUCGCAGUGUUGGCCAGCUUCCAUACAGGUCUUGGAAGCAGCAUGUUCUGCAGCUGUCCUACCUGACACAGAUAUACACAACGUGGCAGCUAGAGGUGCGGCCAAGCAAGGGGAUUGGGAAAUCUCUGGCGAACUAAUCCGAGCUGUACGCCGACGGCGUCUGCAAGCAGACGGGCAAACUCCAGCAAGUGCUUGUUCAGGUGUCGCGAUGCAGCACCGUUGGCGGCAUUGCCUGCAGCUGGUCGCUGAAAUCGCGCCCACGGACCUCGCAAGUGUGGCAGGGGCUUUUGCCCUGGUCCUUUGUGCAGAGGCAGCAAAAUGGCAGCUGGUUUUGGCCUGGCUAAGGGCUUCAUCACAGCCAUCUCAAGAAGCCUAUGCAGCAGCUCUUGCAGCGCUGGCAUCUACCGGCAAGGUCCUCGAAGCUCAUGGGCUCCUGGCCUCUUUGCGUGCUCAGAUGCUCCGCUUGGAGUCGUCCCAUCUUACGAAUGCCCUGGCAGUAGCCCGACAAGGCCAGCCUUGGGUGACCAGCCUCCAGCUGUUGAGACUCGGGCAGCUGGCGGGACUUCGCUUGCACCAGGCCGUUUGGCACGCAGGGGUCGACGCAUGCGGCAGCUGGAGACAUGCCCUGCUUCUCCUGGCAUCUGCACAGUCUUGCCAUGUCAAGCCGGACGUGACUUCUCUGGCUGCAGCUACAAAUCGUGCCUCCUUGAGGUCCGUUCAUGCCACGCUGCGCCUCCUUCAUGAAAUUCAGCGGAUGCAUCUUUGCCAACUGCGUGCAGACUCGAGAUGGCUAGCGUAG